AUGAUGCCCAAGGGGUCGUUCUUCGGCGCCCUGGAAAGGAACAUCUCGGCCUUUGUCUUGGUGGCCUUCGAUACCACCCCAGACGCAUGGGCACCUACGAGAGCAGGGAAGGCACUGGAGGCGGCCAGGGGCUUGGUGGAGCGGCUGACUUUCCUGUUCCCACUUGAAGGCAGCGAGGUGGACACAGAUCAGGCGCUUUGGUUCAGAUGGCACGUCGAGGAGUUGCUCGUGCUUUGGAUUGGCUUUGGAAGGGGGUGGUUUGACCACUUGUCAGCAUUCUCUUCAGGCUUGAUCUGGCAGUUCUACACCUGCGCGCUUCCCUUGAGACUCUUCCUGAUGCACACCUUCCGGAUCUUUUGGCCUUUGCUCUACUGCGGCCUUGCGAGCAAGUAUAUGAUUGCAGAGCCCUAUCGCACGAUCUUGCUGCCGGAGGUGGACCUGACCCAGCACAGUACGCAUGCUUUGGUCAAGAGGGUGGCGCUGCUGCAAUCCCUGCCAGCCUGUGAUCGUCUGUGCUUCCUGGACCUUUCGGCUGCGUUCGGAGCUUUGGCGCUCCAAGCGGGACAGAGGAACCAGGAGGCCGAUCUUUUUGCUUAUCUAGCCGAAAUCCAACUGCAGUUGCAGUCCGCCUUCUGUGAGGACAUCCACGAUUGUACCCGCACGCGUCCCGCUGCAGAGCUACUACGGACGACCGUCGGCUUCCUGCACAUGAUAGCAGAACUGCCACUUCUAAAGAGGAGGAGACAAGACGUCUUCGAAAGUGCUGGCGCAACGCUUGAAAGCACCAACUUCAGAGGCCCUUCCCUGGCCUCUGUGCACUCAGAUUUCUGGGGGCUCCCUUUGAUGCUAAGCCCCGCUGAUGAGAUCGAGACCCCGUGCUUGGACAAGAUGGACACGGAUCCCAUAAGCCCCGCAAGAGCCUUGCAAAUCUACCGCAUGCUCAACACCGUCGGCCAAAUACUCUCCCGAUUUGGUGUGGAGUGGUUUGUGUCACACGGUACGCUUCUGGGCGCUAUCCGGCAUGGAGGUCAGAUCCCACAUGAUUGUGACUUAGACAUAUCGAUGUUCUCUUGGGAUCUUCACAAAAUUAGAAAUGCCUCCUUGAUGCUGGCAUUACAGAGGAAUGGCUACCUUAUGGAUUACUUGCCGGUUCAGAACCUGUUUACAGUAUGGCGAGUUGGCAGGCAUAUGGGCAGAGAAGUUCGUGGCGCGCGUGCGCUUGACAACCUGAACAGGUACAGUCCAGCUUUGCACAUCUUCGUGCUCUUCGAUCAUCAGAAAAGAAAAGCAUGGGAGUACGAGACAGACAGACUGAAGCACCAAGGCUGGCGCCUCCUUCAGGCGGAUUUGCUUCCUCUGCAGCUUCGUCCAUUUGGGAGCUUCACAGUUCCAGUCCCCGCAAAUCCACAACUUUACUUGGAUCGUAUGUAUGGAGAUGACUGGCAGUCAACGAUCCGCAGCAUGACCGCACUUGAGGAGUUGGAUUACUUCGGUCCAACCCCCCUGAAAACUACUUCAAUGGCCCAACCGACUGGUCCACUGGAAGAAGUGUUUUUCGACUAA